AUGACAAGUCCUUCAAGAAAAAAUAGCGAUGACAAAGGCCGCCCUUUGGAAGAAGCCGGUAAUUUAUCUAGCACGGAAUAUUUUGCCAACACUAAUGUUCUCACGUGUAGGCUCAAGUGGGUGAAUCCGGAUACUUUCAUUAUGGAUCCCAGGAAACCACAGCUUUUGACGAACUUGAAUCAGCUAGUGCAUGCGAAUAAGGGCGUACUAGUUAAUCCCAAAGAGAUGGAAAAUUACCAGUAUUUUUCGGAUCACAAGCGUCUUGCGCAUUUGCAAGAGAACUGGGACACAUAUCUAUUUGAGCGCGGGAACGCAGAAGUAGAUAGUUGGUACAGGGAUGAAGAGUUAAGGGAGACCAAGGCUAAUUGGUUCUAUGAUGUAGUCAUACAGGCUCAGUUCAAGUCCUACAAGGAUUUGCAAGCCACAACAGAGGGUUUUAAGGCGGAAUUGAAGGAGCACGGGAGUGGAAAAAAGACAGAGGGUACUGAGUCUGAAGGGUCAGGUUCGGGUUCUGCUUCUCCCUCUUCUAGUUCGCAGAUUUUGGCUUGCUGGUCGAUUUCAGAAAACCCACAUGCUUUAAACCACCCUGGCAACCUAUAUGUCAGAGGUAUUCCAAAAAAUUUGACAAAGGAGGAUUUGGUUCCUAUCUUUGCUAAAUUUGGUCCGAUAAUAGUACUCAAGAUUAUACUGGAUCCAAACACAAACGAAUCUAUGGGGUUCGGUUUCGUGUCUUACCCGUUAGGUUCUCAGGCUUCGAAUUGUAUUAAAGAGUUAAACGGGAACUUGAUGAAUGGGUCACCGUUGUUUGUUAACUAUCAUGUUGAAAGAAAGGAGAGAGAAAGAAUUCACUUUGACCAGUGGAAGCAAAAUGAACAAGAGGAAAACAGUAGAUUCAGAGGCGUCUUUAUAGGCAAUUUACCAAUUUUCACGAAUGAGAACAAGCUAAUAACGCCUUCUGCGGUUGUUCAGAAAUUUAGAGAAUCUCUCCCGGAUUGUGAGAUAGUUAGCUACUAUUUCCCGAAGUCUAAUUCCCAGUCAAAUGUUGAAUACUCGGAAAGCGUGAGAUCGCAGUCAUUGUCACCAUUGAACUCAAAGGCAGCAGUGUGUUCCUCACCACCAUCUCCAAGGCCAAAGAGCAGUGAUUAUCUAGGUCAAGAACAGAGUAUUGACGAAGAAAUAGAGUCAAUGAGCGGUGAGGAUUCAAUGUCUUCCCCAACAAGUGAGGGAGAAGAUAAUAUCGAUAUGUCUACUUCACCCAGUCCAACAAAGGUUCGGGACUCACUGUCCGAUGCGUUGAAUGAGGAAACUUGCUCCUCUCAAAAUGAAGAUUCUCCUUUGAAGGGAUACGGUUUUAUUAGAUUUGCAACUCACGAAAUGGCUUUGAAGUGUAUUGAAACGUUUAAUGAGUUCCAAUGGUACGGACACCAGCUAGUAGUUAAUAAGGCAGUACAGAAAUUCCAUCAACAUCAUUAUUCGUAUUCCAAUGGUAGCAAUAACAAUCUCGCAAAUGCUAAUGGUGGUAACUACCAACAACAUCAUAAUAAUAACCAUUAUCAAAACCAACACCACCAUCGUUCGAGUAGUACCUCCCAUACUGGUCAUGUUGGUCACAUAAGCCCUCACCAGUCGUACUACCAGCAAUCGCACAUGCCAUCCAUGUAUUCAUACAGGCUAUCUCGUCGCCAUAGCGAGAGAUCAAUAAGUUCCAGACAAUCUAACGUCCUGGGCUUUUCUCCUCCUCCUAUUGCAGCAGUACCACUGAACGAUACCCAACACAGCCGUGUAAAUUCAGCUCACUCUAGAUCAAUGUCGAGACAGAAUUCAUUCAAUAAUGCGCCUUAUGGGAAAGACCCACACUCCCCACUUAGCGGAUCUCAACUUUCUCUCCCAUUGCCUCCGCUAUCUCAGCCCAUAUAUACGGGGGUGAUGCCACCAAAUUCUCCUGGUUUUGCAGGACAUCCUCCACCACCACCUUUACAGCCGUUGGCAACUCAGGCAAUUCCUGUAUUGACAAGUUCUUCAACGAAUUCUUCUACAUCUCCCAGAAACAAUUCUAUAUAUGGAGCUCUGAAUAUGCCAAUAUCUUAUUCGGCUACAAACCCAAUGUUUGGUACGCCGUUGCCAAUUCCUAGGAGCGACGAACAGGAGUCCAAUCUAUACGUUAAACAUUUACCAUUAGAUUGGAAGGAUGAGGAUUUGGUUCAGUAUUUUGAGAAAUUUGGUGAGAUUAUUAGUGCCAAAAUCAUUACUGUUGGAGGGUCGGUAAAAGAACAAGAUGACCAAAAUUUGAAAAAUGAUGAACUUUUCGGAAAAUCUAAGGGGUACGGUUUCGUAUGCUUCCAAAAUCCAUUGGAUGCGUCCCGGGCUAUGUAUCAUACAGAUGGGCUCAAAUUAAAUUCCGAGAGUACCUUGUUCGUCUCAUUUGCCCAACGGAGAUCAAAAAGCAUUGAUUCAUCAAAAAACUCAAUGGGGAACACUGCAAACUACAACAAGAAAUUUUUGAACGCAAUGUAUCAACAGCAACAACAACAGCAACAACAGUAUCACCCGUGGAUGAUCCCAGUUCCUCUGCAUUAUCCCCCAUCGCAUUGA